AUGAUCGAGACUGUCGCUGGACGAUACGGUGCGGUAGAGCUUGUCCGAGCCGAGCAGGAGGACCUGUACAGCGACGGCUACAUGUCCUUUGACGAGAUGGAUGGUCUUUCUGACUCUCAAUCUACCCACCCGCCCCACUCCCGCCCUACUACCCCCUCUGAAUCUUCCGCCAACCCCAGCGCCCACAUCUCCUCCAAGCUCCGCACACGCUCAUCCUCCGCCGAGUCCGAGAACUCCCGUCCCCACUUUGCGGUCCCUACCAAGGCGGUCCACAUCCUCGGCCUCGUCCCCGGUACCCUCCCUCACGCGCUCGCAUGCCUCGAGAGCGCACGGGAUGAGGCGCGCCGUCUCACCGAUAUAGCUCCACACAGCAGCACUGCGUCGUCCUCGUCCAUAGCCCAUACUCCAGAGCCCGUCACGCCAGCCAAAAAGGGAGGAGGGCGGAUGGACAGGGCUAGGAAGGCGCUCAGUAUGGCAAUGCCAUCGAACGGGUCCGUGUCCAGGACGUUCGGCGGGGGGUCGGUACCGGCGGUCAUCAUGAGUUUGGGCGGGGCGGAGGAGGAGAGGAAUCGCGAGCGGAGAAGAAAGGUGGCGGAUGGGGUUCUGCAUUGGCAGAAGGAAGUGCAGCGGCUGCGGGACGCGGAGGUCCAGCAGAGGCAGAUGGGGACGGCAGGUGGAGUUUCUCGGACCGGGACCAAGAAGGGGCGGCGGUAG